ACUAUUCUCACGAUCCUCUCCUCCAUCUUCCGCUUUUCUUGCGAUCGCUUUCAUUUCCCUCUUCUGAGCUUUCCUGCGCAUCGCUCAACUAUAUCCCCCCCUCUUCUCUUUUUACCUUAAUAUCGUGUCUCGGGGCAAACCCCACCAGCCGCAAUCAUGUCUGUCGUUGGAAUCGAUUUCGGAACCCUCAAGACCGUCAUUGCCAUUGCCCGAAACCGCGGUGUCGACGUUGUCACCAACGAAGUCUCAAACCGAGCAACCCCUUCUCUGGUAGGAUUCGGACCCAAGUCUCGCUACCUCGGUGAGGCCGCCAAGACCCAGGAGAUCUCCAACCUUAAGAACACCGUCAGCUCCCUCAAGCGACUCGCUGGCCGAUCAUUCAACGACCCCGAUAUUCAGGUUGAGCAGCAAUAUGUUACCGCUCCUCUCGUCGAUGUCAACGGCCAGGUCGGUGCCGAGGUCAACUACCUGGGCAAGAAGGAGCACUUCACAGCUACCCAGUUGGUUGGCAUGUACCUGAGCAAGAUCAAGCAGACCGCCGGUGCCGAGCUGAAGCUACCUGUUCAAGAUGUUUGCAUGAGUGUGCCUCCUUGGUUCACUGAUGUCCAGCGACGUGCUCUUAUCGACGCUGCCGAGAUUGCCGGCCUCCGCGUCCUCCGCCUCAUCAACGACGGCACUGCUGCCGCUCUUGGUUGGGGUAUCACAAAGCUCGACCUGCCCGCUCCCGAGGAGCCAGCUCGCCGAGUUUGCUUUAUCGACAUCGGACACAGCAGCUACACUGUUUCCAUUGUUGAGUUCAAGAAGGGCGAGCUUGCCGUCAAGGCCACUACUUGGGACAAGGACUUCGGUGGCCGAGACUUCGACCGCGCUCUUGUCGAGCACCUUGCCAAGGAGUUCAAGGGCAAAUACAAGGUCGACAUCAUGACCCACGGCCGUGCUCUCGCCCGUACCAUCGCCGCCGCCGAGAAGACCAAGAAGAUCUUGUCUGCCAACCAGCAGGCCCCCGUUAACAUCGAGUCGCUCAUGAACGAUAUCGAUGCUUCCGCCAUGAUCACCCGCCAGGAGUUUGAGGCCAUGAUUGAGCCCCUCCUCCAGCGAACCCACCACCCCCUUGAGGAGGCCCUGGCUCAGGCCAAGCUCACCAAGGAUGAUAUUGAUAUUAUCGAGGUUGUUGGUGGUGGUUCUCGUGUUCCUGCUCUCAAGGAGCGCAUUCAGGCUUUCUUCGGCAAGACUCUUUCUUUCACCCUCAACGCCGAUGAGGCUCUUGCCCGUGGUUCCGCCUUCAGCUGUGCCAUUCUUUCUCCCGUCUUCCGUGUCCGAGACUUCGCUGUCCAGGACAUCAUCAGCUACCCCAUUGAGUUUGGCUGGGAGAAGGCCCCCGAUAUUCCUGAUGAGGACACCAGCUUGACUGUCUUCAACAAGGGCAACGUUAUGCCAUCAACCAAGAUUCUCACUUUCUACCGAAAACAGCCCUUCGACCUCGAGGCUCGAUACGCCCAGCCCGAGCUUCUCCCUGGCAAGACUAACCCUUGGAUCGGCCGCUUCUCUGUCAAGAACGUCAAGGCCGAUGGCAAGGACGAUUUCAUGAUCUGCAAGCUCAAGGCCCGUGUCAACAUCCACGGUGUUCUCAACGUUGAGACCGGUUACUAUGUUGAGGAGGAGGAGGUCGAGGAGGAGGUUAACGAGGACCCCGAUGCCAUGGAAACCGAUAAGGAUGCCCCCAAGAAGACCCGCAAGGUCAAGAAGCAGGUCCGAAAGGGUGACCUGCCCAUCUCCACUGGCAGUGCUUCAUUGGACGACUCCACCAAGGCCAGCCUUCUCGAGAAGGAGUCUGCUAUGGUGAUGGAAGACAAGCUUGUUGCCGACACCGAGGAGAAGAAGAACGAGCUCGAGGCUUACAUCUACGACCUCCGUGCCAAGCUUGACGAGCAGUACUCUGAGUUUGCUAGCGACGAGGAGAAGGAGACCAUCAAGGCCAAGCUUGAGGCUACUGAAGAUUGGCUGUACGAAGAUGGCGAGGACACCACUAAGGGUGUGUACGUUGCCAAGAUCGACGAGAUCCGUGCCAUGGCUGGCCCAAUUGUCCAGCGCCACUUUGAGAAAGUCGAGGCCGAGCGACAAGCCGCUCUGGAGAAAGCCGAGGCCGAACGGGCUGCGAAGAAGGCUGAGGAGGAUGCUCGCAAGGCUCAGGACGCCGAGAAGGCCACCGCCGACCAGGAGAUGAAAGAUGCCGACGCUCAGGACGCUGAAGGCACAGCCGACCCCCAGUAAAUUAUGGAAAAAAAGGGGAGCAAUGCAUUAUAUGAGAUGAAUGACGCUUAAAAAAGAUUACGCACGGAUGUUGAAAAAGGAAUUCCACCAGGAUUGGACGGGGAAGAGAUAGAUCAUGCUAUAUUGUUGCAACGACUCUGUUUUGUUUGGGGAAGGAGGCUCGGAAUUAUGACGGAUAUGUUACCCGAACAUUAGACCACUUUUUACACCUUUAGUAGUUAGGAUCCAUACACUCGAGUUUGGUUCAAG